UGUCGUUUUCAUGGUCUCUUAAGCCUUUAGUAUGGGCAUCUCUUGUUGCUUAGAUAUUUAGUCUUGCUUCAUAGUAUGAUCAGACUAUCUUCUCUUAGUUACUGGAGAGUAACUCUACUUAGAAGAUCUUUUUUGGUCGUAGUUCUAAACCUCGGGCAUCAAACGCUGUACCCACUAGAUGACGUUCUGCCUAAUGGGAGACACGCAGGCGACGUUUCACACGCUCCAGCUCAAGAUGAAGAAUCCCCAAGCAUCCCCGCGACGGCGUUUCCGAAUAGAGGAGGUUAUGGCGAUGUUUCUCCGAUGAGGUCAAGGGGAGGUAAGGAGUAUCAUGUUCAACAAAUAUAUGUUGAAUACCCUCCUCGUCGAGGUCAAGUAGCAGGAGCAGAAGCAAUUGCAGGUGGAGGAGAUGCUCAACAAGAAUACUCUCGUCAAGUAGAAGCAGUUGGAGGUAUUGGAGCUGGAGCUGCGUACCAUCAGGAUGUUCUUGAAUCAUCUGCAGUUCGUUUCGACGUUUUUCCCAGGAGGCCCUUUCUUGACGAGCAUGGGGGUGAGGACAAGUACUCCACAAGUCCUCCGUUCAGGAGAAGAGAAAAAGAGAGGACGGCACAACGUCAGCAGCAUGUUGCCUGACACGAAGCAGAAUCCCUCAAGUAAAUGAGUUUUCAAGACAUACACCAGGGAAACGAGGAAUGCAAAUGCAAAGAGGACACGCACACAAACUGCCCUACUUUGUAGAGUUGUGUUUCUAUCCUUGCGUGGAGUCAUGCUUCUAAGCUUCCUAGCAAAGACCUCGUCACGCAUCGAGCUCAAGUGCAGAGCAUUCGAGACCUCAUCUUCGGCAAAACGUAACGUGUGCCGUAGUGAUGAAUAAUGAUAAUGAUUUAUAAAUGCAUUGAAUUAAAUUCAUCAAAAAGUUUCUUAUGCAAUAAGCAUUUGUGCAGUUGUACGCAAGAUCUGAGAUGAUUUGCAUUCAAGUUUUCAAGAGCCAAGUAGCCGUCGUUCUGUUUCGUAGUAGUCAUUCUUUUUACAACUGUCAAAAUACAAUUCCCUACGCCCUCUAAGGUUGAUUUUUUCGAACUUUCUUUGCAUAGUCAGUUUCAAUAUUUCCGAGAAAAAUGUUCGAAGUGAACGUAGCGUCGUGGAGUAAGUGAUUACAAGUGUGUAGUAAGUGAUUACAAGUGUGUAGCUUUCAAGAUGGUCUGGGACUGACGCAAAAGGCGUCUUUCUCCUACCGCCUCAGAGCAAGUAGGCGCCGCUUUAUGCAUCUUGCAAACCGAUCUUCGAUUUGAAUACUUCUAAUGAUACGCGUACCUUGUACUAGUUCUUCAAGCAGCACGCUUGAACACGACUUACAACUCUUUUUCACCACGCAACAUUGAGUACUUUUUCGCAUUUUUUUCAACACCUGAACGCAAUUGAAUUGGGGGAUGAAUAUCAAAAACAUGCUCUCACGACACGCGCACAC